GCCAUUCGCCACUGCAUAAUGCUAUGCAGCAUACUGUGUAAUAUUAAUGUGUAGACUGUCCACAUCACUGUGACGGGUUACACCCGCAACAAUGACACCACCAAAACAACGCGUCACUUCGCGUGUCUACUCGACUUGAAUCUGAUUGAUCUGAUAUUUAGAAGAUAUAUCCCUCCCCUUUGUCCCAUCUCCUCCUUGCACUCCCAACUCUCGCAAUUCAACAAUUCAUCCCAAACACAUACACACAAAAGGAAUAAAAAUGUCCCCCCGAUGGUCCAAACUCUCCGCCUCCGCCAACGCCGAUUCCGCCUACCACAAAUUCCUCUCCGAAACACCAGACGCAUACACCUACAUCUGCAUCUGUACACGUCCCGGAUCCAAUCCCAACGAUGACCUCUCCGAGUCCAACGAAGAAGAAAUCCCCCCCGAAUGCGACGGGGGAAAAACCUGCGUGUGCUUUAAACCUCUCCCCGAGCACCCCGAUCACCCGUAUACAUUCAGCAAAGCCGGGUUGGAGAAGAUGAUCACGUACCGGAUUAUGAUUGAUCUACGGGAUCCGGAUUCGUUCGGGAUGUAUACGUUUAAUGAUCAUGCGGGGAUGGGGGCGUUGGAGGUGGUGCAGAAUGCGUUGUUGGAUUUUCGGGAUGCGAUGGGAAAGGCCGAUUGGAGGGGGAUGUGGGCGGUUUGUGAAGGGUUGGGGUGGUUGGUUGUGGGGAAUUGGGUCGCGCCGAUGAUGAUGAUUGAUGAUGGUGGGAUCCUCGACGAGACUCAAAUCCUGUUCGAGCAUAUGUUUCUGUGCAUGUUGGCUGAGUUGGAGAAACAGGGCCAAUUGGGCCCCAAUUCCGAUGUGCGGAAUCUUGGCUUCGUGAUGGGAAUGUAUGCGGAUGAAGUCAAGACGAAGCGGUCGGAUUUUGAGAUCCCCGACCCGGAGAUCCAGACCAAGUCCCGAAAAGGCGUCUCGUAUCGUGGCCAGAAUUUCGUGCCGUAUUUGGUUGCGUAUGCCACCCGGCGGAACAUCACCAUGCAUGGACCGUCGAAUAUGGAUGAGAUUAUUGCCGAGGCGGAGGAAGAGGCAGAGCAGGAGGAUGUUGUCUUGCCGACGGGGAAUAAAGAUCCAUGGAAGUGGAUGGCUGCGUUGAAGGCGUAUGAGAAGAAGAACCGUCUCUUGGGGUAUGGGGGAAUUCGCAAGACACAAGUUGGGGGAGAUGCUUUGGAUAUCACGACGUUUUCUAGCCAGGAGCGAAAGAGAAGGAGUUUCUCGAAGCAGGAUCCAUUGACUGCGGAUAUGAUCCAGUCGAUUAAGGAUGGUUUGGUGCUGCAGCUUGGUUAAGGUCUGCAGAAUGUAUUGGUAGCUUGAUUGAUUUCGGGCAAUUCAUCGAAUUGGUAGUUAUGCAGCGUUUGAAUGUG